ACCCGCUCAACUAUCACACCACCAUCCACACGUCGCUCCAUCAAACGAAUUUAUCGCAUUCAACCUUACUCACUCGACUUAUAAAUUAAUCGAUACUAAAUAAAGGAAAAAAUGGCUGGUGGCAAGGGAAAGUCUGUCGGUGGAAAGGCUGCCCCUGGCAAGGAUGCCGCGGGGAAAAGCCAAAAAUCCCACAGCGCAAAAGCUGGCUUGCAGUUCCCUUGCGGUCGUGUCAAGCGUUUCCUCAAGAACAACACCCAGAAUAAGAUGCGCGUCGGUGCUAAAGCUGCCGUCUACGUCACAGCUGUUCUCGAGUACUUAACUGCCGAAGUCCUCGAAUUAGCAGGAAACGCCGCCAAGGAUCUCAAAGUCAAGCGUAUCACACCGCGUCACUUGCAACUCGCCAUCCGUGGUGACGAGGAACUCGACACUUUGAUUCGCGCCACUAUCGCUUUCGGCGGUGUCCUACCUCGUAUCAACCGAGCGCUGUUGCUCAAGGUCGAGCAAAAGAAGAAGGGCAAGGUUGACUCUUAGAUUCUUUCUCUUUUAAUUUUCUUCGUUCUCCUUGGCGUCGACUUUUCGGCAAUUUCCACACAAAAUCAAUCGAGCUGGACUUGUUCUACUUCAAUUGAUCGACACAUCGACACGACAAUUGACGGAAUAUCAGCUCUAUAUUGUUUCUCAAUCCUCCUUCUCCGACUUUCUUCCUGAUUGAUUGAUUACCUAUGGGUUCGGGUUCUGUUUAAUGCUGUGCUUUGCUUUCACAUUUUGAUUUUGAUCACAAGGGGCGGUGUUUACGUAACGGGUUACAUUUAUCUCUUCUAUUUCUAUUAUCCUCUACUGUGUUGACUACCUAUUGUGAAAAGUAGUUUAUUUGCCUUUUGUCUUUCUCGACAGACGAAGAGGGAAUUAGGUGGUUUGGGUGUGUGCGUAUAAAUUGUGUGUCUAGGGAAUAAAACUUUUACCUGUUUUCAUUAUUUCUACAAGUCAUUAAAUGUGCCCUGAUUGAUUGAUCAUUACCCACACCAAGAGGCUUCUUCAUCUGUAAGUACCACUCUACAACUGUGCAUGGAAUAUUAUCCUUGACAUUU